GGGGCCGGCUCGCGACCACCAGCGCGCACGUUCGCGCGCGCUGGCGCGCUGAUCGCGGCAGAGUGGUGGAGAUGACCUCAGGCUUCAGCUUUGCCGCCCGCAUCUUGCUGAGCAGCACCAAAGCCUGGUGCCACCGCUUGCCCUUCUCGCACGCGCUGAUACCAGCGCUGUAGCUGACGGCGUCUGGCUCAAGCUUCGUCUCCCGCCUCUCUCUGAGCAGCGACAGAGCCAGCUGCCACUGCUUGCCCUUCCCGCACGCGCUGAUCCCUGCAUUGUAGCUAUGACAUUGGGGUCCAGCUUCGCCUCCAACAUCUCACGGAGCAGCGACAGUGCCCUCUGCCAUUGCUUGCCUCUCUGGCACGCGCCGAUCCCAGCGCUGUAGCUAUGCCGCUGGGCUCCAGCUUCGCCUCCCACACCUCGCUCAGCAGCACCAGGGCCCACUGCCACUGCCCGCCCUUCUCGCAAGCGCUGAUCCCAGCGUUGUAUAUGGAUGACGUCUGGCUCCAACUUCGCCUCCCGCAUCUCGCUCAGCAGCGCCAGCGCCGGCUGCCACUGCUCGCCCUUUUCGCACGCGCUGAUCCCAGCGUUGUAGCUAUGACGUUGGGCUCCAGCUUCACCUCCCACAUCCUGCUCAGCAGCGCCAGCGCCGGCUGCCACUGCUGGCCCUUCUCGCACGCGCUGAUCCCAGCGUUGUAGCUGAUAACGUCGGGCUCUAGCUUCAUCUCACACAUCUCGCUUAGCAGUGCCAACGCCCGCUGCCACUGCCCGCCCUUCUCGCACGCGCUGAUCCCAGCGCUGUAGCUAGAUGACGUGGGGCUCCAGCUUCGCCUCCCACAUCUCACUGAGCACUGACAACGCGUGUUGCCAUUGCCCGCCUUGUCUGCAUGCCGUGACAGCCGCAACGUAGUGGCUUGGGACGCGUUGCACACCCAAUUGAAGUUCUUCGCGGAGCAUCCACAGUGCGGCGCUCCAUUGUUUUGUCAGGCCGCAGUUCUUGAUCGACGCUUUGAGGGGCAUAAAGACAUCUUGAAUGACGUCGGGCUCUAGCUUCGCCUUCCACAUCUCGCCGACCAGUGCCAGAGCCCGCUGCCACUGCUCUCCCUUCUCGCACGCGCUGAUCCCAGCAUGGUGAAAGAGAUGACGCUGGCCUCCACUCUUGACUCGAGCAGUGCGCUGAGGAUCGACAGCGCCAAUUGCCACUGCUGGCUCUUGCUGGCCUCUGCCACACGCCCCAUUGCAGUGGCAACGUGUUGACCUUAGCUGAUCUUCGCACAUCGUGGAGCGACCGCAGCGAUGUUUUUGC